UCUAGAUUUUUCCCUUUUAUAUAUCUUAGUUUUUUCUCCUUUAGCCUUUGAUUUAUUGUUUUCUGGUGAUCAAAGGAUCACAAGUGCCACCCUAUGCAAUUUUUCACUCACCAUCUCUCAAUACCAAGAAGAAUCACAUCGAAAUGAUCACACGAGCUUGCACUCCCCUUACAUUGUGUGUGUGAUUCACAUUGUCGAUCUUUAUUAAUGAUUUUUCUAUUUAAGGAUUGUGAGGAAAAGAAGUGAGAUUUUUCAUCAGCUAGUCGUUGUUGCGCAACUUGUCAGUCUCCAACCAUGUUACCAUAAUCCCACUUAAAACUCCAUUCAAGGAGACUCUUCCUUGAAUUCUUCGAAAAUCAUGGGAGUGAGUUAAGACCAAUGAGGUGUUAAAAUGGUUGUUUAUAAAAUGAAAGAAGCUCUCGAGAUACUGACCACUUGGAAGUCAGUAGAAGUGGGUGCCAAUGCAUUGAAGAAGCAGACUUGACACUGGUCUUUUUUAUAUUUUUUCUCCCGGCCUGGAUGUUGCUUAUAAAUAACAGGAACUAGGCCAAUCUUGUCAGUUGCGGUGCCGGUGCGUACAGCCUCUCAUUUAAAACGCAUUAGCUGUGGCCUGCUUUACAACUCCGUUGGUUCCACCGAACUAGAACACAUUUUCCUUUAAUUGGUUGGUUUUUCUUAGUCGGAACCGAGGGGAGAGAACAAUUUUUUAUUUUUUUUUCUUUUCAAUUUGAUAUUAAAUCAGAACCAUUUUUUAUGUAAAUAUUCUUACAAUUUUAAACAAGAUAUAUAUAAUAUGUGGGCAGUGAGGUGUACGUAUUGUUUUUAUUAUCUCCACGACAGUAAAGGGUGCCUGGACAGAAAAUUAGUGGAAAAUGCAAGUAACUUUUCUCACAUAUAAUAGCACCAGUCACGUUUGCUUCAUUUGCGACUGGUUCCUCUGUCCGACUUUUCCAUUUGAUCCAACCAUUUGGCAGCUUCAACUCUGUACAAUGUUUUACUUCAUAAUUUCUUGUGUUUCCUUCAUCCUCAUUUCCAAGUCAUUCACUCACAAGCCACAAUGUCCAUGGAAGGAAGAGAUGAAGCUGUUGUUACCUUGGUUUUGGAGGGAGUUAUCAUCAAGUUUUCUUGUGUCCUGGAUCAAGGAAGUAAGGCUUAAUGCUACUAGUCUCCUUCACGUACCUAUAUUAUUCAUGCCAUUUAAGAAGAUAGGUCUUAGCUCAAAGGUAGAGAAUAUAGAGGAGGAAGAGGAUAUUUCUCUUUUGGAUUUGCCUGACUUGGCCUUGGAAUGCAUUCUUGAUCGGCUUUUGCCUUCUGAGUUAUGCAGUAUGGCGGCAGUUUGUAGCUCUUUGAGGGAUAGAUGCAGAACUGAUCAUUUCUGGGACAAGCACAUGAAACACAAAUGGGGUGGACUGAUGGGUGAUGCUGCUUAUCGAGAAUGGCAAAGGUAUGUAGCCUCAAGAAAAACACUAAUCCUCUUGGAUCAAAGCAAGAAAAAAGGAUUUUUUGAGUCGACCCUUCAAGGGGUUUGGACUUUUCCAUGGUUUAGACCCAAGUUAGAAAGCAGCAGCAGGUCAAGGAGUUCUUUACCGGUUGAUUCGAUCAUGGCUUGGUAUCUCUCCCUUGAAAGUGGAAAGAUUUGGUUUCCGGCUCAGGUCUAUAAUCGUGAGAAUGGUAACGUUGGCUUUUUGCUGUCAUGUUAUGAUGCCCUGCUCAGAUAUGAUUCGCAAACCGACACCUUUCAGGCAAGAUACUCAGCUCAUGGGCGGCGCACGCAGGAGGAAAAUAUAGAAUGGGAUAGACUAAGAGCACCCCCGGUUGAUACUCCUCCAUAUGUUCUUCAUGUCUCCGAUUGUUUGAAUGAGUUGAAGCCCGGAGAUCAUAUUGAAAUUCAGUGGAGAAGAAAAAAAGAAUUCCCUCAUGGUUGGUGGUAUGCUGUCAUUAGUCAUUUGGAACGGUGCGACCGCAAUGAGAAUCACUGCUGCUGUCAUCAUAGUGACAUGGUGAUAUUGGAGUUCAACCAGUAUACUCCUGGCUCGAGAUGGAGACAAACGGUGAUAAACAGGAAGGAACACCAGGAAGAAGGCAAUGAAGUAGAUGGCUUCUAUGGCGGAAUUAGGACGCUUAACAAGGAGGAGAUUGCAAGGUGGAAGCGCCUUUGGCCAACUCAAAUCUUGGAAUAGAAUCAAGAGGACUUUCCACCCAUAUUUUCAUGACUACAUUGUACAUCAGGAGCUCCCUCUAGCUUUUUCCCCAGAGCUGUGAAUGAGAAGAGCUCAUUGCCAUAGAAUUAGUAUUCUAAUGGGAUGAUUCAUGAAGAUUAGGCUCCACUGUUUUGGUUCUGCAAAUACAGUGUACCGUGAUAUCAUAAUUUUAAACAAAUUUUGCCAAUAUCCACUCCAGGAAAUUCAGAACAUAUCAGGAUGAAAUAUCACUCAAAUAACUCUUAACUUAUGUUUAUAUGUAACUGAAGUGCAUCUCCUGUAAAGAGUUGAGACUUUCGGUGAUUUUCUGAUAUAAGUGACACUUUUUCUUCUUCAA